UUACCCAAAAAUCCGCAGUAUGACUAUCUGGUUUAUCAGCAACAACAUCUAGUCAGACAUCAAAUGUUGUAUCUGACUUUGAAAAUCAGCUAAGUAAACAGUGUCAACCAAACAAAAUUGAUGUGAUGACACCCGAAUUAUGUGCAGCACUAGAUCGAGCAAAAGUAACAAAUAGGAAUGCUACUUUUAUUUUAGCUGCUGCUUUUAAGACUGUAGGAAUCGAUCUUUCUACUCUUAAUUUAAGCUACAGUACAAUUUAUCGAGCGCGCAUCAAACAUAGAUCAAACAUGGCGCAAGAUCGUUAUAUUGUCCACUGGGACGGUAAAAUUUAGCUCGAUAUAGCUGAUUCACAGUCUGUUGACCGUUUAGCAGUUCUACUUUCUGUCUCUGGAGUUGAUCAGCUUCUUGGAGUCCCUAAAGCUGAUAGUGGAACUGCUUAUCAACAAGCUUUAGCUGUUAUUUCGACGUUGAAUCAAUGAAACAUUGCUCCUUACGUAAAAGCAAUGUAUUUCGAUACUGCAGCUGUCAACACAGGCGUCUAUAAAGGUACAUGUGUUCAAAUUGAAAAAGCAUUGGGGAGAAAAUUGGUGUGGCUUCCUUGUCGUCAUCAUGUAUUGGAAUUUGUUUUACGAGGAGUUUUUAAAGUUUUUUGGACCACUACAUCUGGUCCUAAUGUGCCGAUUUUCCUUCGUUUUAAAAAAGGAUGGGAUGACAUUGAUCAAACCAAAUAUAAAAGUGGAAUAGAGGAUGAAACUGUGGCAAGCGCUUUGAAUGAAGAUAAGAUGAAAAUUAUUAAUUUCAUUAAUGAUUGCUUACAGAUGUCUCAGCCUCGAGAUGAUUACCGGGAGCUUUUGGUAUUAUCUUUAGUUUUUCUUGGUAGUUGUCUAACCGAUACGUACACUUUCAAGCGUCCUGGUGCUAUGCAUCAUGCGCGAUGGAUGUCAAAAGCCAUCUAUAGUUUGAAAAUGUUUAUUUUUCGGGAUCAAUUUCAUCUUUCCCCUCGUGAAAUAAAAAGUUUACGUCAAGUGUGUAUCUUCGUAAUUUUAUUUUACAUUGAAGCUUGGUACACGGCAACAUCUGCUAUUCUGGCACCUUACAAAGAUCUAGAGUUGAUGAAAAAUUUGAUUUUAAAUAAAAAAAUUGACUCGGUGGUGUCACAAGAAGCUUGCAGAAAGAUAAAGGAACAUUUGUGGUAUUCAAAUGACGAGUUGGCCACAAUCUCAUUAUUUGGAGACAAUGGUCCGAUCUGUAUUAAAAAGAAAAGGCUUUAUGCCAUUAACACUCGAGAGGGCUCUACAUAAAUGGAGCAGCGAUAUGAUGUAGAGGAUGUUAAUUAAAAAUCGUUAUUAGAUAACGAUUUAAGCGACUUUGUUUCGAAAAACUCAUUGGAGCAAUUAAAAAAAUUUGAUUUACCCUCUGAUUUCAUAGAAGAAGAUAUUUCUACAUGGCCCAAUGAUCACAGCUACAAAACAUGUCUGGAAUUUUUCAAAACUUUGAAAGUAACGAACGACGAUGCUGGACGGGGUGUUGCAUUAAUUGAAGAAUAUAACUGCUGCCUAACAAAAGAUGAAGAACAGUUGCAGUAUUUAAUGCAGGUUGUUCGGGGCUUAGUUUGGGCAGUAGCUAAACAAGGUCGGUUUGAUGUCCCGAUAAAGUAGAUUUCUGCAGUACCGGCAUUGGGUUUCUGCCUUAUCGACGGUUGUUUGUGGAGUUUCUGCGAUAUCGAUGGUGGGUUUUUGUGCUCUACUUACCGACUGUUAGGGGAUUAUAAUCGAUUUGUCGAUCGAUUUUUACCGACUG